AUCAUCAGGGGAGUCGCCGCUUAUCGCUGAGCAAGUAAUUGUUAGCAGCACUAGUGCCACUAGCCACACGCUCAGUUGGUCCGGCACCCUCUAGAGAGUCUAGACGCACGCAUGGCUCCCGUCAACUUCCAUGGUCAAGUGGCCCUCGUCACAGGUGGCGGUAGCGGCAUCGGGCGAGCCACUUGCCUACAGCUGGCCAAAGAAGGCGCCAAAGUGGUGGUGACCUCCCGCACAAUGCAGGCGGCCCAAGAAACACUAAGUCUGCUGCCAAAUGGCACGGACCACCUGGCACUGCAGAUGGACGUGACGCAGCAGAGGGCCGUGGAGGAGGUCAUGGCGGCUAUUCGUGAACGAUUCGGGAAACCACCCACACUUCUUGUUAAUUGUGCAGGAUUUUUUGAAAGGACGCCUGUUGUGGAAAUGGAAGAAUCAAGUUUUAAUACAGCAAUUGACGUCAAUUUGAAGGGGACCUUCCUUAUGACCCAAGCUGUUACAAAAGCGAUACUGGCUGAUGACAAAGAAGGGGAAAAGGAAGGAAGAGGGGCCAUAGUGAACAUAGCGAGCAUCAGUGGCAAGACAGGCUUCCCGGGUGCCAGUCACUGUGCGGCCUCAAAGGGCGGAGUUGUUGCUCUAACCAAAUCCUGCGCUGCUGAGAUGGCCAGUAAAGGUAUCAGAGUCAACUGUGUCCUGCCCGGGAUAAUUGACACUCCCAUGGCUAGACGCGUUGACGAGAAAGUAAUACAGAAGCACAUCAGCGUGAACCCAUUAGGGAGGGCUGGCAGACCAGAAGAGGUGGCCGAGGUUGUGGUGUUCCUGCUGUCGGCGCGCAGCAGCUACAUGGUGGGGGCUUGCGUGGAGGUUACUGGCGGAACAGGCAUGUGAUUGGCGCUGCGGUCUGUGGCAGCACAGCGGAAGAGAGAACAUGAUGAUGGUCUUUUUUAUACCUCAGCUUUUGUAACCUUUCAUUUUCUUUUCUAGGUUGAAUCUAAGACAUACAAUACAUAUCAAUGUGUUUCA